GAACGAAGAUACACUCGGUUUCCACUCCAUUCAGAUGACUCCAUGUGACGGACUCUGUGUGAUAUACAAUGACUACCAACGACAAGGAGUGGGAAUUAGAGCAAGGGAUUCCUCAGCUUGAAGAUCCUUUCAUCCAACAGUACCUCAAGGGACGGGACUCGCUCAUUCUACAGGAACAGAAGCAGCAACAUGACUUCAAUCUUCGCAGGGCUCAGACCGCUGUCGCCGUCAGAGCUGGCAAAAUCGUGUCCCAGAUCCGUGACCGGGAAUCGGCGCAAUUCCUCUCGUCUUCGGCUCAGGCACUGCCGUUUGUUGACAGGGAAUAUAUCCAGAGAAGCGACCUUUGGAAGAUCGUGCAGCGGAUGCCAAAGGGUUCCUUGUUAAACGCUUCGAUUCAUAGCUUCAUCGAUAUCGAUAAGUUAGUCGAUCUCAUUCUCAGCACCGCGGGGCUGCACAUCUCUGCCCCUCGGCCCUUGUCAUCUUUCGCCGUACGACAAGAUUCUCUCGUCGCAUUUCAGUAUGCUUCGGCCUCAACGGAACAAAGUGCUGAAGACAAGGGGGCUACGAUAUGGUCAGAUGAUUAUCUUCCCUCAAGGCUUGUUUCGGUCCAGCAGGCAGCCUCAUCCUGUCCGGAUGGUGGAGAAGUGGGCUUUCGCACAUGGCUGAAGAGGAAUCUUACAGGCGGUGCUAAUGAUGAGCAAUUACAGCAAAAUUCUGGCCGCAGUGCAGCAGCACCGAUCAUCAAUUCUCUACUUAGCUAUGAGCCCAUCCUGCGGGCCUGUCUCAGGACCGUGUUCGCAAAUCUUGCUGCGAACGGAGUGGAUUAUGCGGAAUUCCGGCACAAUUUCAGCCACCCCUACCGAAGAGAAGGAAACAAAAGCCCCGACGAGGAUCAGAGCGAAUGGUGCCAUGUGUUUGAGCAAGAGCUACAGCGCUUCCAAAAGACGGAGGAAGGGCGUGGCUUCCACGGAGCGCGUAUCAUCUGGACGGCUAAUCGCUCGCUUUCGAAUAGGGACCUGGCCGAUAAUAUGCAAACCUGCAUCUUCGCCAAGUAUGACUACCCUGGAGUGAUCUGUGGAUUUGACUUAGCGGAGAUGGACAGAGAUGCAAGGCCACUCUCCGACCUCGUCCCGGUGCUAUUUUGGUUUCGCAAAGAGUGCAUGGACGCAGGGCUGGAGAUACCUUUCCUCUUCCAUGCUGGCGAGAUGUCCGGUAGUGAAAAGGGCCAUGCCAACCAGGGCUUAUUCGAUGCCAUCUUGUUGGGGACUCGAAGGAUAUGCGAAGGGUCUACACUAUACAAGCACCCGUUGCUGAUCGAGUUGGUCAAGGAGAAGAAGAUAUUGGUGGAGUUCAACCCGAGCUUGCCCAGCAGUACACCGAUUCUUUCGGCACUGCUCUCGCGGGGGGUUCCGGUCGCUCUCUGUGACAGCAACACACCAGAUAGGGAUCAGCGCGGUGCCAAUGGGUUCACUCGGGAACUGUGGAGGGUGCUUCUUCACGGCGACGACCACACUGACCUUGCGGGCUUGACGAUGCUGGUGGAGAACUCGAUUCGAUGGAGCUGCUACGAUGAUCAGCCCACGGCCGAAUGGCUCUCUGACAUUGGAGAUGGCAUUCUGGGGGAUAAGGUCAAGGCCCGUCGUUUGCAGGAAUGGUGGGCGAGAUUCGAGCAGUUUUGCGAGUGGGUUACGGAGACUUUUGGAGCGGAGGAAGGUACCGAAAGCCAAUCAGUCAUCGAACCGAUGUGAACCUGGUGCAAUGAGGUCGUUUUGUUCACUGGGUGCAUGCACGACGGGUGAAAGGAUCUCCCGCAAACAGAGGCAUAACAUAGAUAUACAGUGUCUCGCCAAGCCUCGAAAUAGGUAUGAGUAACCUACGAAGACACCUCAACUCAAUACCCAUUCUUAUUACUCCCCAGUUUGCCUAGCAACGUUCUGCCCGGGUUUCUAUCGACUGCUGCCCUUCCGGCAAUAUUGUAUCUACUACUAUCCUUAAUAAUACUAUGAUCAUCCAAG